GCUCCGAAACCCACCCUGGGGCUGCUGCUAAGAGAAGCCGCGGCCAGCGCCGUGAACUUGUGCACCACCUUGCUAGAGCCUCUAUUUAUUGCCUGGCCGGCAUGGCUCAUAAGAAGAUAAAAGGUGGAGAGAAGAAGGCAGAAGGGCUAGGGACCCCGAAACCCAAGGAACAGCAGGAUGGCGGCCCUCCCUAGAGCUGGAAGAAAGAAGGACCGAGUCACACCCUGGAAGAAGCUCUGUGCCUUUGGAGGUUUUUCUGCCUGUCCUUCUGCCUGCCCGUCCUCAUGCCUCUCCUCCUCUUGCUGCUCCUGCUACUGAGCCUUUCACAUCUCUUCCCCGCCUGUGAGGUCUCCAGAGUGGCCAGCCAGGUGGAAGUGAACUGUGACAAUCAGGGUCUGAAGGCGAUGCCUUCGGAUUUGCCGGCAGACACCACCAUCCUCCGCCUGGGCGAGAACCCCCUGCGCUCCUUCUCCAUGGCGUCCCUGGAGCCUCUCACUAGGCUCACGCAGCUGCAUGUGGGUGACAGCCAACUGACCGAACUGCAGGCCGAUGUGAAACUACCACUGCUGGAGACCCUGGAAAUACCCCACAAUCAGCUGAAAAGCCUGCCCUCGCUAGGACAGACACUGCCAGCACUCACUACCCUGGAUGUCUCCUUCAACCAGCUGGCCUCAUUGUCUCCUGGUGCCCUGGAUGGCCUCAGCCACCUCCAUGAGCUCUCCCUGCGUUCCAACAGGCUGAAGAGUCUGCCACCCCGGCUCCUGGCGCCCACACCCCAGCUGAAGAAGCUCAAUCUGGCUGAAAACCGGUUGACGGAGCUGCCCCUUGAGCUUCUGGAUGGGUUGGAGGAGCUUGACACCCUCUACCUCCAAGGAAACUGGCUGCGUACAAUACCAGAGGGCUUCUUUGGAGAGCGCCUUCUGCCUUUCGCUUUUCUCCACGAUAACCCCUGGUUCUGUGACUGCAGCAUCCGUUAUUUCAGUCGCUGGCUGCGAGACAAUGCUGACAGUGUCUACUUAUGGAAGGAGGGUGCGGAAAACAAGGCCAUGACCCCCAAUGUGAAGAGCGUGCGAUGUGUCAAUAUGGCAACACCCGUCUCUGACUAUGUAGGGAAGGACUGUGGCCCUCUCAAAAGUGUGGAUGGCCUAGACUAUGAUGUAUAUGACGAGGGCGCUACGAGUGAGAAGGUGCCUACCACAAGGGCUGUGAUCACCAACACCAAUGCCCAUACAACUCACUGGGGCCUACUCUACUCAGAAUCUACUGCUUCUCCAGACAGCCAAAUGCCCUACUUGCCUCCAACUCGUGAGUCCACUAAGAAACAGACCACAUUUUCAACCAUGUUAGAAUCCAUUACAUUCUCCCGCACUCCAAAACCCACGACUGAAACCACCAAAACCUCGACCACCCCAGAGACCACCACAGUCCCGACCACCCCAGAGACCACCACAGCCAUGACCACCCCAGAGACCACCACAGCCACGACCACCCCAGAGCCCACCACAGCCACGACCACCCCAGAGCCCACCACAGCCCCAACCACCCCAGAGCCCACCACAGUCCCUACCACCCCAGAGCCCACCACAGCCCCGACCACCCCAGAGCCCACCACAGCCACGACCACCUCAGAGCCCACCACAGUCCCUACCACCCCAGAGCCCACCACAGCCCCAACUUCCCCAGAGCCCACCACAGCCCCGACCACCCCAGAGACCACGACCCUGACCACCCCAAAACCCAUCACAACCCCGAGCACCCCAGAAACCACAACUCCAACCACCUCAGAACCCAUAACCUCAGAACCCAGCACACUCCAGACCACUUCAGAACUGACCACAGAACCCACCUCCCUCUCUCCCUUAAAAUCCACAACAAUCAUCUCUGACUUUUUCGACCCCGAAAAGGUCCGAGGACUGGCUCAAGGGAAUGUGGAUAGCUCCAGAAACGACCCUUUUCUCAACCCCGACUUUUGCUGUCUCCUCCCCCUGGGCUUCUACAUCUUGGGUCUCCUCUGGCUCCUGUUUGCUUCUGUGGUCCUCAUCCUGCUGCUGAUCUGGGUCCGGCACAUGAAAGCGCAGGCCCUGGACUUUGGCCAGCCUGUUCCCCUGACCACAGCCAAGCACACCACACAUCUGGAGCUGCAGAGGGGAAGGCAAGUGGCUGUGCCCCGGGCCUGGCUGCUUUUCCUCCAAGGAUCACUCCCAACUUUCCGCUCCAGCCUCUUCCUGUGGAUCCGGCCUAACGGCCGUGUGGGGCCUCUGGUGGCAGGACGGCGGCCCUCAGCCCUGAGUCUGGGUCGUGGUCAGGACCUGCUGGAUACAGUGGGCAUUAGGUACUCUGGCCACAGCCUCUGAGAUUGGGUGAUGUGGGGACUUUGAGAGGCUCUCAUGGGCUUUCUUAUUGGGAUCUAGUGGGGGGUGGGGGCUAGUGAAAAUCACAGGGUCAGGGGGAGGUCUUAAUUACUUUCUUAUCAGAAGCCUUCCCUUCAUACCACAGGAACAUAACCUCAAAACCAGUAAGCCAGGAGAGGAAGUGAGAUGGAGUGGGUGGUUCAUAGAAAAAAACACUGGAUGUAGGUGGGGGUGUCAGACCACUAGGUUAUUACUACUUUGGGGAAGUUUUAGAUAAAAGCAAAUAAAAACCAGAAUAGAACCUGGCUGGUGUGGCUCAGCGAUUGAGCAUUGUCCUAUAAA